UUCCACUUCAACUGGAAUUUGUUACGCCAUAUCUGGUUGUCGGCCAUACCGGCUUUUGCGGAGAUUGAUUACAGUGGCAGCCAUAGCAGCCGGCCUAGCAACAAUGGUCUCCACGCAGUUUGAGGCCGGCUUCGCGUUCGUUCCUGUGAACAGUUCUGGCAGGACCCAGCCGAAAGAUCGAAAGACCAUCCGCAGUCAUUGUAUGCGCGGGAAGAAUAGGCGGAUAGGGGUACCCCAUCGAUAUACUGCACGGACGACCAGGACAUCGCCCGACUGGAGACCUUUGCCGGGUGAUAACGGGUCAUCCACUAUAACCUUAUCUGGUGCUGACCAGGACAUUGACGAGGAUAGGAGUUUCCUUGCAAAGGCCACUUCAAACAGUAUUGCGUCAUUCUAUGCUCCAUCAAGUACUGCGCAAGUUAAGCUCGCCAUUGAUAUGGAUGAUGCAACCAAAACGCUUGUGAUUGACUCCUUCCGGUACUUCAACGAGGCUAUGUACCCAGCCUCACUCUUCAAAGGAGUCGAUAUCCACCAGAGCGAAUGGGGCCAAUGGCUGUUCCACGACCCUGCAUAUCUCCAUUGCGCCUUCUUCAUGGGGUUCGCCACACGCGAUGUAACAGAGAACAGACCGAUAACGCCAACUACCUACUCCCACCUCAGAGAGACUAUCAUGCAUUUGAAUAAUCGACUAUCAAGCUCUGAUAAUGACGUCGCCCUUGGCAACUCGACUAUUGCUACAGUGAUUCUACUUACUAUGUUCUCCUGCAUAAUUAAUGACCAUGAAGCUGCCAAGACACAUAUUUCUGGGUUACAGCAGAUGGUCUGCCUACGUGGUGGGCUCCAGACUGUUGCAUGUAACAGGAAGUUGUAUCUUAAACUUGGAAGGGUUGACCUCAUCUACGCCCUGAACACAGGCUCGCAAGGCCUUCUAUGCACAUACCCACUCUCCUGCAACCCAACAUACUAUAAUAAUAAUGUACCAACGUCAGGUAGCCUUAACAUGCAAUCCGACCUUUCAGAAUAUGGUCUGAGCGAUCCCCAAAUCGUUCCCAUCUUCCUCGAAAUGCGGCACUACUCGUCCCUGAUCAACGCCGCGCACAGCACAGGCCAACGACUCUCUACGGAAGGGUAUCACACCGCCGUGUGCUCAUUCCAGUACCGACUCCUCCAAUUACAUGGCUGCCUGGAGGAUACCUUAUCUGAAUGUGUUCGACUUACACUGCUUGCGUUCCUCAUUACCACGUUUCAGACUCCUGGUAUACGCGCGAAGUAUCCGUAUUUGGCAGACUGCUUAAGGGAGAGCUUUCUGGCUGUCCCAGUAAAUGAGGGAAAUGGGUUUAGGGACUUGAUGAGAUGGAUUCUGAUUGUGGGGGCGGUAUCUGUGUUUGAUGUUAAGGAUGAACGGUGGAUGGUGCAGAGGUGGAGGGAUAUUGUGCAAGGAGAAAACAUGACCUGGGAAGAGGUAAGAGCAGGGCUGGAGGAUAUUAUGUGGAUUGAUCCUUUGCAGGAUAAACUAGGGAGGACGGCAUUUGAGGAGUUGAACAGGCAUUAACGUAGUCUUUGAUCAACCUGUCCAACAGAUAUAUCUGAUAAUAAUUCCAACAAUAAGGUGCCUAAACCUAUAGACGACUUAUAUUUUAGCCAGUUCAAGAAUAAAGUCCACG